GUUCGUUGUGAUAAAAAUGGAAAACCCAAGCGAGUUUACUGAGAAACAGCCACCUACCCACCUGCCGGGUGUGAACGAGGUGGCCCAAAAGUUUAUCGCCGAUUUGGACGAGAAACAGCCACCCAACCAAGACCAACCUACCCAGGAGCAACCUAGCAAGGAGCAACCUACCAAGGAGCAACCUACCCACCUGCCGCGUGUGAACGAGGUGGCCCAAGAGUUUCUCGCCGAUUUGGAUGAGAAACAGCCACCCAACCAAGACCAACCUACCCAGGAGCAACCUAGCAAGGAGCAACCUACCAAGGAGCAACCUGCCAAGGAGCAACCUACCCACCUGCCGCGUGUGAACGAGGUAGUCCAAAAGUUUCUCGCCGAUUUGGACGAGGAGCGCAAGCGAUUGUCCGCGGAGUUUCCACUUUGCGCACUGCUAAUAGACGAGGCUGUGGACCGUGUCUACGGCACUGGUCAUAUUCCCGGCAAGGAGCGCUUUUCAGACGUGUACCAGCAGAAGCCGAUGAAGAUUACCCAAAAGGUCUUCGUGCCCGUUAAUCAGUUUCCCAAGUUCAACUUCGUUGGCAAGAUCCUCGGGCCCAAGGGGAACUCACUGCGUCGCCUUCAGGAGGAGAGCCAGUGCAAGAUUGCCAUUAAGGGUCGCAGUUCGAUCCGCGAUCGUAACAAAGAGGAGCAGCUGCGCAGCUCCGGCGACCGGAGAUAUGCCCAUCUUGAGAAGAAUCUCUUUCUGGAGGUCAGCACGGUGGCCCCUCCGGCGGAGUGCUAUGCCCGCAUAGCCUACGCCCUGGCCGAGAUCCGAAAGUAUCUUAUUCCAGACGAUAACGACGAGGUUUGGCACGAGCAGCAGCGCGAGCUGAUGGAAAUGAAUCCCGAGUUGGCCAAAAACACUAAAGGACUCAAUCUGCCUGCCUACAGAUCUGUCUUUGAAAAGAUGAUUGGAGGCAACAGAACUGGGGUUCCCAAGUACAACAAACUGAUUAAGCGAGAUAAGGAAAAUCCGCCCGAAGUCGCCGAUAUGGAGGAGGUGGCCUAUGAUUAUGAUGAACAUCGUAUGCCCCCCAGUCGUCCGUCUGUGGGCUAUGAGAACAUCAUACCACGUCCAUCAAUAAUAGCGACAAAGGCUGCGCCAUUUAAACGUCCAUAUCCGUAUCCGACUGACAUGAAUCGUAUGCGCGAACCGCCCAUCAAGUCCUAUAAACCCAAUCCGCAUACAAUACUUAAAAAGUUUAUAAAUAAUAGUGCUCCGGUUGAUUUUGUCGCACCCCGCUAUACAAGAAAACAAAGGACAAUGCUUGCGUUAUAAAAUCCAUGCUGGGAGCACAUUGAAAAUACUUUAAUCAAGAAGAAAGUAGCAUUCAAAAUGAUGCU